UGGAUUGUAAUCCACGUUUUUGAUGAGGGCUCAAUCACGGGAGCUUGUCUUCUGUUGCACGAAAGUGGAAGAGUUGAGGUGUCUUAGGAGCGUUUCCAAUAGUUAGGACAUUUCAUAGUUCUGAAAUUGAUCAUAGAAACCCGUAUUCUCAUGUGUAGUAGCGGAGUUGACGGGAUGAGUUAAGUCAGGGAUUAGUAGUUUCCCAGACGGAUUUCUGAUUUUCUCUUCAUUGAGUUGUGAUUUAUGUUCUGCAAAUUUUAGAAUAAGAAAUUGGUAGGUAGUUUGCAAGAUUUUCGGUUCUGGGACCUAUCGCACCGGAAUUGGUGCAGGAUAUUGUAUUCUUAUCGGGAGUUUGCGGUGAUAGAGUAGGUUUUUGUUUGAUUUGUAAAUGUUCGUCUCGAGGUGACGUUCACCGUUUCCCGAAGCUGGCUUUUAUUAUUUCCUCGUAGCUUACACCGGGUCUGUGUGCUGUCUGUGCUGUUGCUUCAUUCAACGAUCGGGUAGUCGCUUUCGCAGCUACGACAAUUUGUGUUCAGCAGACAGUUUGCGCCAGACCAGCUCACUGAGGGCCUCUUUCGAGUGAUACCGGCGCAGUCAGAAAUGCAGUAACUUCAUUUUCGAGAGCUCAAGUUUAGUCCAUCUCCUUCCUUGUUAUAUUUUCUUCUGGAGCAGCGUAGAGGAUAUAUUGCUUUAUAGUAAGACGAAGAUUGACUUGAAGAUGGCAGAUGGGGUUGAGGAACAGUUGAUUGCGAUGCGUGGGUUCCUUGAUGGCGAAGUGGCUCAAAGACGUCUUGACAGGCUCGCUUCGCAUUUCUCCGAAGAAAAUAUCUUAAAGGAAGAACAGCUGAGCAGAGAAGUAUGUGCAAAACUUAUCAGGCGGUCUGUAAAUUCCUCAGUUCUGGCUAGCCUCAUGGCAGGUUGCUAUCCAGCUGACAGGGAGAAGAUCUUCAAUUUUUUUAUCAACCGUCCGGACUUGGAGACUCCUGUAGAAAUUGCGAAAACUGAGCAUCGGGAGCUAGUGUAUAUGCAGUUGACAGCUCUUGUCAAUGAAGGAGGAGUAAAUGCUAUGAAAUAUUUGAUGGAGGACCCUGCGCGCUACUUUACAAUUAUGGAGGCGGUUGGUUUCAUUGAUGUAUCCCUUGGGAUUAAAUUUGGAGUACAGUUCAGUUUAUGGGGAGGCUCUGUAGUUAAUUUGGGAACUCAGAAGCAUCGAGAUAAAUACUUGGAGGGCAUUUCCAACUUGAAAUAUCCUGGAUGUUUUGCCAUGACUGAACUCCAUCAUGGUUCCAAUGUCCAAGGAAUUCAAACAACCGCUACAUUUGAUCGCAUGACUGAUGAAUUUGUCAUCAACACUCCAAACGAGGGAGCAACGAAAUGGUGGAUAGGUAAUGCUGCCGUUCAUGGGAAGAUAGCGUCAGUUUUCGCUCGACUACAGCUGCCUUCUCCUGAUUCCCACCUGGACACAGACAUGGGCGUUCAUGCUUUCAUUGUUCCCCUGCGUUCAAUGGAAGACCAUUCUGUGCUCCCCGGAAUUGAGAUACGCGAUUGUGGCUACAAGGUGGGAUUAAAUGGAGUUGAUAACGGAGCCUUAAGAUUCCACAACGUUCGUAUCCCUAGAGACAACCUUCUGAAUCGAUUUGGGGACGUCUCUAGGGAUGGGGAGUACAGUAGCACACUACCGACUAUCAACAAACGGUUUGCAGCAACAUUGGGGGAGCUUGUUGGUGGAAGAGUGGGUUUGGCUUACGGUUCUGUUGGAGUGCUAAAGGCCGCCUGCACCAUUGCUAUCAGGUAUUCAUUGAUAAGGCAACAGUUUGGACCCCCGAACAAGGAAGAAAUCAGUAUUUUGGACUAUCAAUCCCAACAGCAGAAAUUGAUGCCUAUGCUUUCGUCAGCAUACGCCUUUAAUUUUGCUACGGAAUACCUGGUGGAGCGUUAUGCCGAAAUGAAGAGGACCCAUGAUGAUGACAUAGUUGCUGACGUACAUGCUCUCUCCGCGGGACUCAAAGCAUACAUCACAUCCUACACCGCAAAAUCACUGAACACUUGUCGAGAGUCCUGUGGUGGACACGGCUACGCAGCUGUAAAUCGCUUUGGCUCGCUUAGGAAUGAUCACGACAUCUUUCAAACAUUCGAAGGAGACAACACUGUCCUUCUACAACAGGUGGCAGGAGAUCUGCUGAAACAGUACAAGAGAAAGUUUGAAGGCGGAGCGCUGAGUGUAACUUGGACCUACUUGAGAGAUUCCAUGACUACUUACUUAUCCCAGACAAAUCCCGUCGUUACACAUCGAGAGGGUUAUAGCCAUUUACGUGACCCUCGGUUCCAGCUUGAUGCCUUUCAGUAUCGCACUGCAAGGUUGCUGCACACGGCAGCACUGCGGUUGAGGAAGCACUCCAAACGAUUGGGCAGCUUUGGGGCCUGGAACCGCUGUCUGAACCACCUGCUCACGUUGGCGGAGUCCCACAUUGAGUCAGUGAUCCUAGCGAAAUUCACCGAGGCGAUUGAAAGAUGCGAGGACAGGAAUACGAGGAAAGUGUUGAACAUGUUGCGCGACUUGUACGCGUUGGACCGAAUUUGGAAGGACAUCGGCACCUACCGCAACCAAGACUACAUUGCUCCAAACAAGGCCAAGGCCAUUCAUCGACUGGUUGAGUAUUUGAGCUUUGAACUGAAAGGUGUAGCCGGUUCUCUGGUAGAUGGGUUCGGCAUCCCUGACGUACUUUUGCGCGCCCCGAUCGGGUUGCAGUCGGGUCAGUAUACCGAGUACUCCCAUCACAUCGGGUUUGAGUAGGCCAGCUUGUGGGAGCCCCACAAGGCGAAGGUAAUAACAGGUUAGGCACCGAUAUUCGUUAGUAUACACGAUACUGAAGAAACCUAGCAAUCAAGCGUGUCGAGGUGUCUGCAGCUGCAUGCUGGAAUGACAACGAAGGCGGAAAGAAAGUAAGUCCAACCUUUUGUGGGCGCUGCUGAAUUAGGGUGCUACAAGAAGAUGAUAACAGACUAGGAGGUUGAUUUUAGAUUGAAGAUGGCCGGUCUUGCUUGUGAGGGGCACAACUGUGCUUCAGGAGUUGGGUUUGGGACGGGCAUUUUGCUGGAGGUACUCGUCAUGCAGCUUCGUCGCUUGCCUCACAAAGUCUUCUUGUUGUGUAGCAUUUAACGCUGGACAUGACCGAAGGAAUUGUCUGUAGUUUUGUGCUGCAAGCUGUCCAUACUAAGAAUCCUCUUCAAGCUGAGCUUUUAGCCUGCAAAUUUUGGUAAACUGUACUUGAGUUUUUCAUGCUUUUUGCGAGCUACCACAAUUGGAGAAAGCAGCACAAGUUUUCCAUACGUUUAGAAACGACCACAAUUAGAAGAAGGAAGAUAAUUGGAGAAAGAUAAUUAGAGAAAUCAAAAUGUCUUAGUUGACAUGUUUAUUAAAAUUUCUCGAGAAGGUGGUUUAGAUGUUCA